CUGAGCAGUGCGAAAUGCAAUCUACGCCACAAACGUAUACAGAAAUACUUAGACUGAAGAGUAACAAUGAAGACAAUGUUGGCUCUAAAGAUGGUUUUAUUGCUCUGUGUUGGUGCCUCGCUGGCACAUGAGUUGAUUACGCCAGAAAUACUAAAGAGCAUCGAGGAAAGACUGCGAAUCACAGAGGCAACUCUGAAUGAACUGAAGAGAGAGAAUGAAGCUUUAAGGAUGUCUGCACAAGCCUCAGAGUUUAAGCUUGAAUCUCUUCAGGAAGUGAAUAAAGCCAAAAAGGUUGCGUUUUCAGCUGGACUUUUGUCAACUGGAUCACAACAAUUUGGACCCUUCAGUACACAGGAAAAUCUGGUCUACAAAAAAAUCUUCAUUAACACUGGAAAUGCAUAUGACUCAAACACUGGUAUUUUCACAGCACCAGUGAAUGGAGCUUAUUUCUUCAGAUUUUAUGUUCAUUCUCACCCUGAUAAACAAAUGGCAGUCAGUCUCUUUAAGAAUUCUGAAAGGCAGUGCUCUGUUUUUUCAUUAAAGCCUCUGACCAACAGUAAUGCCAGCAAUGGUGUUAUUCUUACACUGGAGAAGGGUGAUCGAGUGUACACACAGCUGUGGGCGGACAGCUGGGUGUAUGAUGACGAAAACAGCUUCACCAGUUUUAGUGGUUUUCUGCUUUUCACCUUUUAAAUAUCAGAUCCUUUAGUCCACUUAAUCAACUGUCACAAAAGUUCAAAUAAAAAAAAUAAGACUCAAUAUGCUUGUCUGAAUGUGAGAUCUAAAGUC